GCGCAUGCGCGAAUAUUGCAUAAUGGGGUUACUCGUGUUAAACGUUGGAUUGGAUGUGUUUGAAUAGUCUUAUUUGAUUUUAUUUAAAUCAUUAAGUCUUGCUAUUUAUAUAGGAGAUCUUCGGCAAACAAGAGACAGCGUGAAUAAUUGUUUGUUAUUACGACAAUGGUACAAUGUAGCUGUGUUGGAAAAGGAAAGCAGCGUGGCAUUUUACGUCUGGUAAACAUGUUCUCUCUCAAUCAAAAUAGAGCCACGCUGAAUAAACGAGGAAAUUUAGAGUGAUGCGAAAGGUCAAUCAUAUUUAGAGACUAAUUUCGAUGGGAAAACGGAGAUCUCAGAGUACACCACAAGAGGACACUGUUGAUCUUGUAAAUGGCGUUUCCACUACCCUUCUACGGCUGCAAUGUUUUGAAAGUACUGCGUGAUACUGAAAUAAUGCCAGAUAUUAACCAACAGUUGUCAAAAUUCUGAAAAUGAUCAAAUUCAAGUCCAUUUUUAUACUGCUUUUCUUUCAUUUAAGGAAGUAUAAAAAUGGACUUGAAUGUGAUCAUUUUCAGAAUUGAUACUCUUCUAUAUCUGUAUCCCACCAAGGCCUGCAGGAUGUGAUGUGAGAAUGGCAUGUCAUUGACUGUGCAGCAAUUACAGAGUGCUUAAUGAAGCACACACAGAACACAUCUGAUUCAGACCAACAGCGCAGGACCAGCAGUCCUUGUUCAGGAGCUCUUGAAGCCGGUUUGGCCACUCCUCAGGCAUUCUCUUUGAGGACAUUAUUUUGAACUGCUAACCUAGAUACAGGCACUGCAUAAAAGAGACAUACAAGACGGAUUCGUCACAAUUCACAGCAUCAUGGAGCAUAGCUCAAGGCCAGAGGUGAAACUGAACCUCAUGAAUGGUGCCCUAGUGCAGGCCAGACCUAAACCCCAGGAGAGAGAGCAGUGGGCCAAUAAGCUGGAGUUUCUCUUGGCAGUGGCAGGGCACAUCAUUGGCCUGGGAAAUGUGUGGCGCUUUCCUUACUUGUGCUACAAGAAUGGAGGAGGGCAAAACAGCCCAGUGAGGCUAUGGACACAGUUGUAUAACUGUGAGCUCACACUUGUGUGAAGAUGUACAAGAACCUCAGUGGUAUGAAUACAUGUACAAGGGCAUUUUUUGUGCCAUAUGUGCUGUUUCUCUUCACCUGUGGGAUUCCACUUUUCUUUUUGGAGACGUCACUGGGUCAGUUCACCAGUCAGGGUGGAAUCACAUGCUGGAGGAAGAUCUGUCCACUGUUUGAAGGCCUUGGUUAUGGUAGCCAAGUUGUUGUCCUCUAUACUGGAGUCUAUUACAUCAUAAUUCUUGCUUGGGCUUUCCUUUACCUCUUCUCAUCCUUCAGUUCAGAGCUGCCAUGGGCUAGCUGCAAAAACUACUGGAACACAGAGAAUUGCAAAGAGUUCAGCAAGAGCAACUUUACUGAAUAUUCUCCAGAGAAAACCACAUCUCCUGUUAUUGAGUUUUGGGAGAGAAGAAUUUUGGGUUUGUCUGAGGGAAUAGAACAGAUUGGUAAUGUUAGAUGGGACUUGGCACUCUGCCUCCUGUUGGCCUGGAUCAUCUGCUACUUCUGUGUGUGGAAGGGAGUGAAGUCCACAGGCAAGGUGGUCUACUUCACUGCUACUUUUCCCUAUUUAAUGUUGGUAGUGCUGCUGGUCCGUGGACUUACUCUUCCUGGAGCGAAGAAUGGCAUCAUAUACUACCUCUACCCUGAUCCAACACGUCUCACAGACCCACAGGUGUGGAUGGAUGCAGGCAGUCAGAUAUUUUACUCCUAUGGAGUUUGUACAGGAGUACUGACUGCUUUGGGAAGCUACAACAAAUAUGACAACAACUGCUACAGAGACUGUGUAUAUUUGUGUCUGCUCAACAGCUUAACUAGCUUUGUGGCUGGUUUUGCUAUAUUUUCGGUACUGGGCUUCAUGGCUGAUGAACAGGGAAUGGAUAUUUCAAUGGUUGCAGAGUCAGGUCCUGGAUUGGCAUUCAUUGCUUAUCCCCGUGCUGUGGCUUUGAUGCCCCUGCCUCAGUUAUGGGCAAUCUUCUUCUUUGUCAUGAUCAUAUUCUUGGGACUGGAUAGUGAGUUCGUGUAUCAUGAAGCCCUGGUAACAGCUAUCUCGGAUAUGUAUCCCACCUUCUUCCAAAUUGGACAUCGGCGUAAAUUUCUUCUCCUCUUCAUAUGUGCUGCUAGCUUCCUUUUUGGUCUACUGAUGGUAACAGAGGGUGGCCUGUAUGUCUUCCAGCUUUUUGACUAUUACGCAUGUAGUGGAAUGACUCUUCUUACUUUUGCCAUCCUUCAGUCCAUCUGUGUUGGAUGGGUAUAUGGUGCAGACCGUCUCUAUGAUAGCAUUGAGGAUAUGAUUGGAUAUCGGCCCUGGCCCUUCAUGAAGUGCUGCUGGAAAUAUCUAACACCAGCUAUAUGCACAGGAACGUUUAUCUUCUCGUUGGUUAAACACACCCCUCUGAAGUUCAACAAUGUUUAUGAAUACCCCUGGUGGGGUUAUGCGAUUGGUGGCUUCUUCACCCUUUCCUCCACCCUGCUAGUUCCAUUGUGGAUGAUCUAUUUGGUUGUCACCACUCCAGGGUCUAUGCGACAGAGAGUAAGAGUCUUGUGUACUGCCGCUGAAGACCUGCCAGAUCCUAAACGUCCCAAACAAAAGUUAAACACAGUUACUUUUGAGACCUUUACAGACCUAUUGACUUUACGAACUGUUCACACACCCAGCUCAUUACCUCUCAGAGACAUUGUCUGACUGUUCACCAUUUCAGCCUUGUUUUUAGCCUCUGUCAAACAUUGUUGACCCACUGUCAUUUUAAUUGGUAUCAUAAUGAACAUCACAUGAUGGUUAAGUAUAAUAAUGUUUAUCAAAGCAACAGUUUAUUCAAUUUACUUACAGUUAAAUGAAAGAGUUCAUAUGGGGAGUAAAUAAUUGUGAAUUCUGACUGAAUUGACAGGACAAGGCUUUUUUUUUUUGCUUUUUAUAAAUGCAUUGAAUUGUUACCUCAAAAAGGGUCUUGAAGGCCACCUGUUACCAGGGUUGCCAGGUCUGCGUAACAAAACUAGCCCAAUGGCCAAUUAAAUAAUAGCCCAAAAGUUGCCCAAUGACCAUAUCCCAAAUAUCAAAACUCAAAAUAUGCCUCUCCCAUACCUAAAAUACAUAAUUUACAGACACUCAUAUUGAAAACCAUUACAUUGUAGUGAUCAUAAACACAGCUUAAAGGCUCCCUAUCAGUGUCCGUCCUUCACAAAACUCAACAUCUAGCACAAUUUUAUCAUUGGUAGAAUUUAAAAUAUUUCAUUAUAAAUAUUUCAGUCAAAUAUAAUUUAUGAAAUAUGUAAAACCUUUACCAGUUUAUAAGUAGCCCAAUUCCGUGGGAAAACUUGCGGACUUGGCAACCCUGCCUGUUACGCUUUUCAGCUUCCCCUUUAAGAGUGGAGUGUGUUUGUCUGACUGACAUGUAAAACGAAAAUGUAUACAAUGUGAAAAUUACAAGUUAGAGUUAGUAUACAAUUGUACAAAAUUGUUAUUUCUGUGUGCUCACUUUUUUUUUUAACAAAAUUAAAAUUUUAACAGUUGUGUUAUUUGUAUUUUUUUUUAUUUUUUUUUUACUUUUAUGUGUUAUUUAUUCUGUUAUGGUUUGGUUAGACAAAAGAUUUUUUCUAGACAAAUAUGCAAGAUCGCCAUCUGCUGGCUAACUAAUGACAUUACAGCACAGACAUUGACUCAAAUAAAUGACAAACAUCAUAAAUUUCGGCUUAAACAGAGAAAAAGCUCAUUAAAAUCCAGACUGCAAAUGAACAGCCAUGAAACUUCACAUGCUCAAGACACAGAUAGAUUUUUUUUUUUUUUUUUUUUUUUUUUUUUAAUGGACUGGAAAGAAUUUUCCUGCUUCAUUUUAUACAUAUAUGCAGUUAACACAGACAUUUUGAUAACUUGAUGUUAAAGCUAAGAAAUAUGAUGAAUUAAGAAAGCGUGUCCAUAAAUAAAUGAAUGCACACUGCAGGACAUUAGAAGUGUAUUUCUGUCUUCAUGCAAGUGCAUUACUAACCUCUUGCUAUGCAAGGCUUUGUUAGAUCGCUCCAUCUACUGGACAAGAGUAGACCCAGGGCUGUGACCACCACAGACACCAAUAUUCAGAUUAGUGUUUGACCAAUUUGAGUUUUCAAUGAGUGAUUGUUACAUUUGGUCCCUGCAAAUACAAUGGACAAACACACUGCAUUGCUUAAUCUAUUGUGUGCACAAUGUCAAGUCUAAGUUUAUUUAUUUUUAAAGGAAUUCAAUGUUUUUCUUAGCCCAUGGCAAUAUUAAAUAGAAUUGUUGGUAUAAUAACUGCAGUAGGUGUACACAUUCAAAGGUUUGAUUGAUUUUUGUAUUGUUUGUUUGUUCUUUAAAUAAAUGAAUACUUUUAUUCAGCAA